UUUCAUAUUAAAAUUCCUUUUUGGAAGCAAAACAUAAAGAAAUCGCGUUUUGUGUUUUUUACGAUUGAUUUAUAUUAGAUAUUUUCAAAAAUUUUUUACAAAACUCAACCACAAAUACACGAUGAUAAAUUGUGCAUCACGAGGCAAGGAAGCUGCGAUCGAAUUGCCGAAGAUCGGUAAUAAAAAGCCAAUUGUGUUAUCGUCGCAGCGCUUUAAUAAGCUAUUAAACAAUGCGAACCAGACGGAGAAGCUGCGUGCCCAGAAGGAAAUCGAGGAGGAGCAAAAGUACAAGGAAUACUUGAAAGAGGGUUCAGACCAAUUGGUGGCACAAUUCAAGGGUAACAUACAGCGUACGCAGGAUGAAAAAUUGGCGGAAAUCAAAUCCCAUAUGGAAGAGAAACUAACUAAAAUGCAAGAGGACUUCCACAGGAGCAAAGAAAACGAAGAACGCAAGCGAGCCGAGAAGCUGGCGAAGGCGCAGAACAUAAUGGAACAGUUAAAACCAGGACCCAAACAAUUGCACUCGGCAGCAAUGCAGAGUGAGGUGCUGCGGGCGCGUAACGUCCAACGUAACAUAAACAAGGAGUUCGAAAAGGCCAUAAAACAGCAAGAGUGCAUGGAUAAAAUUGUUUGCCAGCAGCAAGCGCUUGGUUUCAUGCAAGAGGAUAUUGAACGACAAAUGGAACGCCAAAAAAAUAUGAACACCUAUAAGAAGGAGAUGCUGCAGACAAUUAACGAGACUGGCAAACAGCGUGCGGACAUGAAAAAGCAAAUCAUCAAAGAGCAACAGGCAGCUCGCGAAGCAAUGGAUCAGGAGAUUAAAGCACAAAUAGAGAGAGAGAAGGCGAUCAUGGAGAAAAAGCGUGCGGCACUGCGUAAGAACGCGUUAGAAGCAAUGAAGAUGGUGGAACAACGCAGAUUAAGAGAACGAAUGACCGAGGAGAUUGAAAAUCGGUUAUGCACUGUCUACAAUUUGGGUAAACAAGAUUUAGAUGCAGCCAAAACACAGAGCGACAAAAAGCCAACGCCAGAGGUUGAAAAAAAACAGGAAAUGCAAGCACAAUUCCUGCGCUGUAUUCAAGCCAAAACCGAGCAGGAGGACGAGGAACGUGUGCGACGUGAUAUUAGUCGCAUGCAACUGAAGUUCACCGCCGAGGAACAAGAGAAGAUACGGAAGGAUAAGGCAGCCAAACAGGCGCGCAUCGAGGCUUAUAUGCGAGAGCUACAACAACAAAAGGAGGCAAAGCGUCGGGCCGAUGAAGAAAUGCGUUACGAAGUGGCAACGCGUUUUAAGAACUGUGAAAUGAAUCGUCUUUUCGAAGAAGCACAAAAACAGAAACGACUCGCUACAGUACAAGAUACACGUAAAACAUUAAAGGAACAGAUGGAACAAAAGAAACGUCUUGAGAAGGAAGAUCAAGAAGUCUUGCGCACAUCUUGCGAAAGCAAGAACGAUGAGCGGGAAGAUAAGUUCUUCUUUGAGUAUGCGCGCAAUCUCAUGGAGGAUGCGUACAAAAAAGAACGUCCUCUCUAUCCCUUCGUCAAGGUGGUACAGCAGUAUAAACGCGAACGUGGCAUCGACUGCGAACGUAAAACGCCAAAGCAUCUGUUGUCACAGGUAAACAUUGGCGUACGUCAACCGGGCGACAGCAAGGCAGGUGGUGAUCAUAGCGCUAUCAAAUCUCAAUCAAGUUCGAAGUUAAUGCCGAGUAGCGGAACAGAAAACAUGUCAACCACUAAAUCACCUACUGUAGGGGGAGAGAAGAUAGAACAGCCACAAAAGUCUGCUAAAGAUUGUAUACUGGAGAAUUGCCUCAAAAUAACCGAGCUGAUUGCGGCUGAUGCUAAAAAGACUGGCGGCAAUUAUAAUGAUAAAUGCGAGCCAGGUAUUGUAGACUGCUUGAAGCCCAGUACACACUUAGCCGAAGCUAAGAAAGCGAAUAACUGUGACACUUUGCUUAGUUCGGGCAAAGUGCGUUAUACCAUGCUGGAAUUAAAGGGCAUGAACCAAUUCACAAUGCCAAGAGCACAAUGAACAAGUCUGUAGUAGUUAGUUGUAGCUUGUUGCAGUAUAAUUUAAUUAUAUUUUUGUUUUUUGUUCAUAUGCAUUUUUAAAUCGUA